UUCAGGCUGUUCACAGCACGGCCAUGACGGGCAUCCAGGAGUCUGACCUGCAUGAGCAGCACGAAGGACCAACGCAGGAGGCUGAGGAGGAGGAGGAGGCGAGUGAGCAUUUUGGCCAUCCUGCUGAACUGUGUGACUCUGGGAAUGUUCCAACCUUGUGGCCACACCCCCUACCUGCUGCAGGCUCUGGAUGAUGGCAUCUUUGUGUUCUUCGCUGGAGAAAUGUUGGUGAAGAUGGUGGCUCUUGGGGUUGUAGGUCAGAAAGGUUACCUAGGCGACACAUGGAACAGAUUGGACUUCUUCAUUGUUAUUGUUGGAAUGUUGGAGUACUCUUUGGAUGGGCACAACGUCAGCCUAUCGGCUAUUCGGACAGUUCGAGUCCUUCGCCCACUACGAGCCAUCAACAGAGUUCCCAGCAUGCGCAUCCUGGUGACCCUCCUGCUGGACACACUUCCAAUGCUGGGCAACGUGCUGGCACUGUGCUUCUUUGUCUUCUUCAUCUUCGGGAUUGUCGGAGUUCAGCUGUGGGCGGGGCUACUGAGAAACCGCUGCUUCAUGAGAGAGGAAGUCAGAAUGCGAUACAACAUCACCUUCCUGAACAGCUACUAUCGGCCCGAUGGCACAGACGACCAUCCCUUCAUCUGCUCAAUGGAGAGAGAAAACGGGAUGCUUCGGUGCUCUGAUGUGCCACGCCGCCGCAUGGGAAGAGCCUACUGUCACUUAGCUCCUGAGGACGCUCAGUCUGAGACAGGACUCAAAGUGGACGAACCGGUCUCAUGUGUGAACUGGUACCGAUACUACAACGAGUGCCGAGCGGGAGAAAUAAACCCACACAAAGGAGCUAUUAACUUUGAUAAUAUUGGAUAUGCAUGGAUCGCCAUUUUUCAGGUGAUCACUCUGGAGGGUUGGGUUGACAUCAUGUACUAUGUGAUGGACGCACACUCCUUCUACAACUUCAUCUACUUCAUUUUCCUCAUUAUAGUGGGCUCUUUCUUCAUGAUCAACCUGUGCCUGGUUGUCAUAGCAACCCAGUUUUCUGAAACAAAGCAGAGAGAACAUGCCUUAAUGAAGUCGGAGCAGCGUGCCCGACAGCUCCACCAAUCGGCUUCCACUCUGGCCAGCGACAGCCAGCCCGGCAGCUGCUAUGAGGAGAUCAUCCGGUACCUGGCGCACCUGGCCCGAAAGGCGUGGCGGCGAGUUUUUCGUUUCUACUCUCACGUACGUUUGCGUUUCCAUUGCUCGUGCCGGAAAGGCCAACGUGGCGCUUCAGCCAGAGUAGGCGGAGAGAUGAAUGGACUUGCCAACCGGCAUUCUGGCCACGCUCCCAAUGACUUGCCACACCUUCAUCAGCGUUACCAUCUUCAUCACCAGCAUCACAACCAGACUCAUCAGGCUGAGCUCGCUGUCUGUAAUGGAGGGAAUGGUUUUAAUUAUCCCUUCAUAUUGCCGCUCCUCAGUCACCUGGCUGAUAAGAACCAGGACCAGAAGAGGAUGGUUGCCAUGGAGACCGUCAACAGAGCACCACAGCUGGUGCUCGAACACGGUGGAUCUGCAAGGCGGCCUUCGUUACCGCUGCCAGGUGAAGGCCCUGGGGAUUCCUCGGUGUGCCCGUACUGCGUUUACUACAACCAGCUCAGCAGCAAUGAAAACGCUGAAGAAGAUCAGCAACGUGGUCAUAGCAACACAUGCAACAGCCCGUGUCACAGCGAUGGCCGCUGCAACAGCCCCUGUCACGUUGAUUCACAGGGCUCGAAGGCAACGAAAGGACUCUGGGAAUAUUGUUGGGGGAGACUCCAAAAGAAACUGGAACUUAUUGUUGGGAGCAGAUACUUCAGCAGAGGAAUCAUGAUCGCCAUCCUUAUUAAUACGCUGUCGAUGGGGAUAGAAUACCACGAGCAGCCGGAUGAGCUGACAGACAUUUUGGAAAUCAGUAACAUGGUCUUCACCAGUCUCUUCAGCCUCGAAAUGCUCCUCAAGCUCCUGGCUCUUGGGCUUUUUGGCUACAUCAAGAACCCUUACAAUGGCUUUGACAGCAUCAUUGUCAUAAUCAGUGUUUGGGAGAUCGUAGGUGAGGCUGAGGGAGGCCUGUCGGUGCUGAGAACCUUCCGUCUGCUGAGGGUUCUGAAGCUGGUUCGGUUCCUUCCUGCUUUAAGGAGGCAGCUGGUGGUGCUGAUGAAGACCAUGGACAAUGUGGCAACGUUCUGCAUGCUGCUGAUGCUCUUCAUAUUUAUUUUCAGCAUUCUGGGGAUGCAUCUGUUUGGCUGUAAGUUUGGUUUGCGACAAGACAGCGGAGAUACCUUACCCGACAGAAAAAACUUUGAUUCUCUGCUGUGGGCAACUGUCACUGUCUUUCAGAUCCUCACCCAGGAGGACUGGAACGCGGUGCUUUACAACGGCAUGGCCUCCACCACACCCCUGGCUGCCCUCUACUUUGUGGCCCUCAUGACGUUUGGAAACUACGUCCUCUUCAACCUGCUUGUGGCCAUUUUGGUCGAGGGCUUUCAGGCUGAAGGAGAUGCCAACAAAUCUGAAGCUGAUGAUGAAAGACAAUCGCUCUGCUUCCAGGAUGAGGAGAAGCUGAGAGAGCUCUACGCUGCAGAACUCAAGAUCCAAGCCAUGAUGCUCACCCCCAACGGUCUCCUGAACCCAAAAGCCUCCAUGCCUGCAGCUCCUCCACUGCUGCCACUCUUCACACACACUGCAGCCACACCCAUCAUAAACUCCAACCAGUCCCGCCGGGCGAACGGUGCCUCCACGGACAUCAGCAGCCUAGAGCAGAGGUCACCGUCUCUGUGGGACAGUGGUCCAGAGAGCCGUCGCUCCAGCUGGACCAGCAUCAGCCGAGCCCCCAGCCUCCACAGGAGGAGCCAGUCAGGAGAGAUGGAAUCUCUGCUGUCAGACCCCAGCAGCAGGGAGCAUUCUCUGGACCAGUCGGACCACCUGCAGGUGCCCACGCUCCUCUCACCUGACUGCAACGGCACCACAUUUCACCUACCAGACCACAGCUCUGGUGAGGCUGCACUGACAACGUUUUAUCACGACGACCAGGAGGAGGAGGAGAUAGAGGAGAGUUUAGCCAAGAAGCUGAAGAAGAUUCUGGAGCCAUAUGAGCCUCAGUGGUGCAGAGAGCAUGAAGAGUGGUCCCUCUACCUGUUUGCUCCACAUAAUGAGUUCAGGCUGUGGUGUCAGAAGGUCAUAAGUCACAAACUGUUCGAUUACAUCGUGCUGCUUUUUAUUUUUCUGAACUGCAUCACGAUAGCGCUGGAGAGGCCUGAUAUACAUCCAAGAAGCAUGGAGCGAGUGUUUCUCAGUGUGUCCAAUUACAUCUUCACUGUCAUCUUCGUGGGCGAAAUGAUGAUCAAGGUGGUAGCGAUGGGUCUGUACUUUGGAGAAGGUGUGUACCUGCAGAGCAGCUGGAACGUCCUAGAUGGCUUGCUGGUGUUUGUGUCCCUGGUGGACAUCCUGGUCUCCAUCGCAUCAGCAGGUGGGAACAGAAUCCUGGGAAUGCUGAGGGUGCUUCGGCUGCUGCGCACCCUGCGGCCACUCAGGGUGAUAAGUCGGGCUCCAGGUUUAAAACUGGUUGUCGAAACUCUCAUCACAUCCCUCAGACCAAUUGGAAAUAUUGUUCUCAUCUGCUGCGCCUUUUUCAUUGUUUUUGGAAUUCUGGGAGUGCAGCUGUUUAAAGGGAAGUUCUUCCACUGCGAAGGGCUGCAUGUCAGAAACAUCACCAAUAAAACCGAGUGUCUGCAGGCAGGUUAUCGCUGGGUUCGACGGAAAUACAACUUUGACAACCUCGGGCAGGCGCUGAUGUCGCUGUUCGUGUUGUCCUGCAAGGACGGCUGGGUGAGCAUCAUGUAUGAUGGCCUGGAUGCUGUUGGAGUGGACCAGCAGCCAAUACGAAACAACAAUCCUUGGAUGCUGCUGUUCUUCAUCUCGUUCCUCCUUAUUGUCAGCUUUUUUGUGCUCAACAUGUUCGUGGGCGUGGUGGUGGAAAACUUCCACAAGUGUCGUCAGCAGCAGGAGGAGGAGGAGGCUCGGCUGAGGGAGGAGAAACGGCAGAAGCGAUUGGAAAAAAGGCGGAGAAGAGCCCUGGAGAAACCAUAUUACGCUGACUACUCCCCGUUGCGUCGUUCCAUACACACUUUGUGCACAAGCAACUACCUGGAUCUCUUCAUCACCAUCAUCAUCUUCACAAACCUGCUCACUAUGAGCAUGGAACAUUACAACCAGCCUCAGUACCUGGAGGAGAUCCUGAAGUACUGCAAUUACGUUUUCACUCUGGUUUUUGUCAUCGAGGCCAUUCUGAAGCUCAUCGCUUUUGGGCUGCGCCGAUUUUUCAAAGAGAGAUGGAACCAGCUGGAUUUAGCCAUCGUGCUGCUGUCUAUUAUGGGAAUCACGCUGGAGGAAAUAGACCUGAGCGCGUCUCUUCCCAUCAACCCCACAAUCAUUCGCAUCAUGAGAGUCCUGAGAAUAACGAGAGUGCUGAAGCUGCUGAAGAUGGCCACGGGGAUGAGAGCUCUGCUGGACACGGUGAUGCAAGCUCUGCCUCAGGUGGGGAAUCUGGGUCUGCUCUUCAUGUUGCUGUUCUUCAUCUAUGCAGCACUGGGAGUUGAGCUCUUUGGAAAACUGGAGUGCUCAGAUGAGAACCCAUGUGAGGGUCUUAGCCGCCACGCCACCUUUGACAACUUUGGCAUGGCUUUCCUCACACUCUUCAGGGUGUCCACCGGGGACAACUGGAAUGGGAUAAUGAAGGACACGCUGCGUGAGUGUCGACCACAUGACCGCCACUGCCUCAGCUACCUGCCCCUGAUCUCGCCCGUUUACUUUGUCACCUUCGUCCUCACGGCUCAGUUUGUGCUCGUCAACGUGGUCGUCGCCGUUCUGAUGAAGCACCUGGAGGAGAGCAACAAGGAGGCUCAGCUGGAGGAGAUGGAGGAGAGGAAAGAGAUGGAGGAGAGGAGAGAGAUGGAGGAGAGGAGGGAGAGGGAGGAGGCCUCCCGCCGUCUCAGCACCGUAUCGGUGGGCGGAGACCUGGAGGGGAACUUUGACAUACCUGUCCAGGUGCAAGUUGAAGAUGAGGAGAGUUCCCAUGGAAACCGGGUGAGGAUGGGACGCAUGCUAUCUCUCCCUGGCGACAACUACGUCCUCCCACCCAGAUGCUCUUCUUACGCUCCCAUUGGCCACGAGGCCGUCUGCGGCUACAGUUACUCUGGCUCCAUGUCGUCUCUGGGCUCAAGUGGAGGCAGUUCCCUGCUGCAGGUUCCAGGAGCUCUCCCCACCAUCAGCCACGCUUCACUGGGGUCCGGACGCAGCUCCAGGCCAAUGAUCUGCCUCAGCGCUUCUCAGAGCUUCGACAGACACUCGGCACACAGGCUGAGUCCAGCUGACAGCGUAGAGGGAUGCAGGUUCAGCCCAGCCCACAGGGCAAACAGACACAGACUCAACUCAGCUCAUAGUAUAGACGGGUAUAAGUUCAGCCCGACUCGUCGGCUGAACAGACACAGACUCAGCUCUGCACACAGUAUGGACGGGUACAGGCUGAAUCCAGAUCCAAGCUCAGACAGACCAAAGCUUCUGUCCAGCCACAGUAUUGACAAAUAUCCAUCAGUCAGGCUGAGUCUGACCCACUCCGGCAGCAGACAGUCCUCUUUGUGGCUCAGUCCUGAGAACAGUCUGGACAGAAAUAAGCUCAGUCCCUCCUACGUCCCAGAGAGUUCAGUCAUGAAGAGACCAGCAUCUUUCCACACCGUGAGCAGGCGGCUACGGAGACAGGAGGCUGUGCGGAGUGACUCUCUGGAUCAGAGCGGCUCAGCUGAUGACCUAGCAGAGCCCUGCCUCACUGUGCCCACUGCCUCCCCCUCUCUUGCACGGCAGCGAUCAUCCAGUGUGCACACACUGAAAUACACACUCCCCCAGAGGGUGAUCUCAUGCAGGAGCCACAGCCGGAGCCACAGUGAAGCUACAGCACAUGAACAUGUGUCUGAGCAGGCCAUCUGUGGCGCUCAGCCACCAACAGAUGUAGAAAAGAGGCCUGUCAGCCCAGAGGGGCUGUCCAGUUUGAAGGUCACCAGCAACGAAGUCAUACUUUUAUCUCCCUGCCCUGGUGCCGGAUCAGACCCCGCCCCCCAGUUAGACGAUGCUGAUGAGGAAGUCAGUCAGAUAAACAGUCCGGUUCACUCACAGCCUCCUAAUAGCUCCCUACACAAAAGCGGACACCUUUCUCCAAGUCCCUCAGAGCACAGGACCCGCCUCAGCCACUCGGCGUCACCUGUUACAGGCAAAAGCAGGAAACAGAGGAUAAGCCCGCCACCGGGAGACGAACCAGUCGCAAUGGCAACACAGCUAAUGGACACCAACGUAGAGCUGAGAAGGCGAACUCUGUCAUUUGAUGCCACAAGUCUCCCUCCUCAUCAGCAGGAGGGAGGGUCUGUUGAUGACUGAGGACUGGAGACAAGUGUUCUCCUGUAACAAGCACCAGAGGGACGUGAGCCCAACAGGAAGGAUACUGGUUUCCUGUCCUUCCCCAUCGCCUUGUCCACUCGCAGGAUCCUCACAGGGUGUGUGAGAAGAACUCACAGUUUGUGUAUCAGUGAGUAAAUUUUUUAAAGUACAGCUCCCUUGUGCUGCGUGCACACAAAAUGCACACAAAUAACUUUCCUUUUCUUCUAUCAUAGUUUUAGCUUUAGUUCAGACAAUGUAGCUGCCCACCAGCUCUAUUUACCCCGACGCUAACCUGCCUCUUGCUUGCUGUCCUCCUCCUGCCCUUGCUCACAUUUUUCCUGCAUUUUAAGCCCAGGUCAGAAUACAAACGACUCAACUGUGCCUCAGCUGCUCCCAUUCAACACACAUCCAGCGUCAGUUAGUAAAGUAUCAAGCACCCAGAAAUGAACGUAUUUAAAAAUAUACUCAUGGCACUUUAAAGUCCAAGCAGCAGUUUUUUUUGGUAAAAUUAGAUUGAGAAACAGAUUUGAGAGGCUUGGAUUAAAACUCCUUCUGUGAUUAGAAACUAAUCUGUUAAUUUUUAUUAAAGCUGCAUGAAAUAACAAAAACUAUUAUUGCUUUUCUAUUCAUUGUAAACCCCUUUUGCACACUCUUGAAUUUAGCUCCAUCAGGACAUUCACAACACUGCUUUAGCAUUUAAAUCACCUGUGUGCAUUCAGGAGUCAGUUACGAUAUAUCAUUAGUCCAGGACCCCGGCACGCUAAUAUUGCUAUGAUCAUCCAUUUUUGAUAUAUUGUGCAGCAUAACUAUUAAAGUUUGGUAACACUUUACAGUACGAGUCCCUUUAUAAACAUUACUUAGUGCAUUGUUAAAUGUGUGGUUAACUGAAAAAACAUUUUUUAAUGAUUAUUUCUGAUUAUAUUCAGUCACUCUGGGGUUUUCAUGCAGGCUGAACAUGAAAAUAGUCUCCUACACUUAUCGCCUGCAUUGGCUUCUGAUGGAAAACAGACAAUGAAGCUCUUGGAUUUAAAAAUCCUGACAUAUCUACGUCGCAGCAUUGUCACUAAACAUUUAUGGACUCGCCCAUCUUGACUCACGACGAGGAAGACUGUUGUUGGUUUAGCAUCCAGGAAACGGCAGAGAAUGUCUCGGCUGGUAGAAGCUAAUCAUUAGCAUUAGCAACUCCACCACACAGCAUUACUCCUCCAGGCUUGUGUAAUUUGUGGGGAUAAAACAUCCACAUUGCAAGUCAGUGGUAGAGUCACAUUGCUGUUGUCCAAGCCGAGGCAAGAUGUCCAAAUAUCAGGAAAUAAGAGUCCAAAUUCUGCCGUCUGCUGAUCCAAGCAAUUCUGGGCAUUUUUGCCCCGAGUACAGCUUGCAAGGCAUUCAUACUAGAGACCACUACAAAUGUAUUGAUGAAAUGAGCUUCUCACACCUGUAAGCAUUAAUAAACUAUUUAAUAAAGUAUUCAAUACUGCUUAACCAUAUUAUGUAAUGCAUUACUAAGCAGCCCCCCCCCCCCCCC